AGAGCCAAUCAGCUAGCCGGGUCUUGGAACUUUCCUUAUAUGGUCAGGCCAGUGGGGAGUAUAAAGCCGGUGCCGAGCCCAGUUUUGUUCAGUGACCGCUUGCAUAUUGUCAAGGUUUGGGAAGACUACACGCGCAACUCAAGCUCACUAUGGAAGACGAUAUUGCUGCCCUUGUUGUUGACAAUGGAUCCGGAAUGUGCAAAGCUGGCUUUGCCGGAGAUGAUGCUCCCCGUGCUGUCUUUCCUUCUAUCGUGGGUCGCCCCAGACAUCAGGGAGUCAUGGUUGGAAUGGGACAAAAGGAUAGCUAUGUAGGAGAUGAAGCUCAGAGCAAGAGGGGUAUCUUGACCCUGAAGUACCCAAUUGAGCAUGGUAUUGUCACAAACUGGGAUGACAUGGAGAAGAUCUGGCACCACACUUUUUAUAACGAAUUGAGAGUUGCCCCUGAAGAGCACCCUGUCCUACUGACUGAAGCGCCUCUUAACCCAAAAGCAAACAGGGAAAAAAUGACACAGAUAAUGUUUGAGACUUUCAACACUCCUGCAAUGUAUGUUGCCAUUCAAGCUGUACUAUCUCUGUAUGCCUCCGGACGUACAACUGGUAUUGUGAUGGACUCUGGUGAUGGUGUUACUCACACUGUGCCAAUUUAUGAAGGCUAUGCACUGCCCCAUGCUAUUCUACGUCUUGACUUGGCUGGACGUGACCUGACGGACUACCUCAUGAAGAUUCUUACUGAGAGAGGUUAUAGUUUUACUACCACUGCAGAGAGAGAAAUUGUGCGUGAUAUAAAAGAGAAGUUGUGUUACGUGGCUCUAGAUUUUGAGCAAGAAAUGGCUACAGCUGCUUCUUCCUCCUCUCUGGAAAAGAGCUAUGAGUUGCCUGAUGGACAGGUGAUCACCAUCGGUAAUGAGAGGUUCAGGUGUCCAGAAGCCCUCUUCCAGCCUUCCUUCCUUGGUAUGGAGUCUUGUGGUAUCCAUGAAACAACAUACAAUUCUAUUAUGAAGUGUGAUGUGGAUAUUCGUAAGGAUUUGUAUGCCAACACUGUACUGUCUGGGGGUACCACAAUGUAUCCAGGAAUUGCUGACAGAAUGCAGAAAGAGAUCACUGCACUAGCCCCAAGCACCAUGAAAAUAAAGAUUAUUGCCCCUCCAGAACGCAAAUAUUCAGUUUGGAUUGGAGGAUCCAUUUUGGCCUCUUUAUCAACUUUCCAGCAGAUGUGGAUCAGCAAACAGGAAUAUGAUGAGUCUGGGCCCUCAAUUGUCCAUCGCAAAUGCUUCUAAAUGACCUGACCCUUGUAUUGAGUGUACUUGCGCAGAAAGAUUACAUUGGCAUGGCUUUCCUUUUUGUUGGCGCUUGGCUCAGGAUUUGGAAGAAAAACUGGAAUGUAGGUGGCAGAAAAAACUUAUCUUCAGUACAUCUAAGGAUUGAUUUGAAGUUGACACCCUGUGUGAUGCAUUGUUCUGGAAUUGUCAUUCUGGAUGCUGCUCAGUUGGCGCUCUUUAAAUAGUUAUGUUGCUUAUUUGUGCAGCUAUAUACCCAACAUGUCUUAUGUUCUGCUUUGAACACUCUAACUCAAGCUCAUGAAUGGGUUAUGUUCAUAACACUUGAAGUUUACAUUGUCACUGAUCUUUGAGGUGCAAGGGUGUCACCUGAAAAAUUAAAUGAAACUUAUUAAAAAAAA